AUGUCUUUUCCCGACCAACGAGAAACGCACGCUGUCCACGCUGAGGACAGUCCGUCCUCGGGCGAUGCCACCGACAGUGAAUUGAACGCGCCCGUGGACAUUUCCAACGAGCUCGCAGAAAAGCGAAGCGAACGCUCGGAUGGAAAGCGGGAGCUGAAGGAAAAGGAUUGCUAUCAGAUUCUGGGCUACUCAUGGCCACGAUGGAAGAAAUGGACCUAUCUCGCCGCAGUCGCGUUUGUGCAAGUGUCGAUGAACUUCAACACCUCAGUCUACCCAGCGGCCGUCAAGCCUCUCUCCGAGGCAUUCAACAUUAGCGAGCAACACGCACGCACCGGGCAAAUGGCAUAUCUAGUGACCUACUCUAUUGGGUGCGAGCUGUGGGCGCCGUGGUCGGAGGAGUUCGGUCGCUGGCCCAUCCUCCAGCUCUCCAUGUUCCUGAUCAAUAUCUGGCAAAUUCUAGCAGCCCUUGCUCCCAACUGGGGCUCUAUGGUUGUCGCUCGUGCAUUGGGUGGUAUUUCUACUGCGGGUGGCAGUGUUACUCUCGGUCUUAUUGCCGAUAUCUACGAGUCCGAGACGCAGCAGUUCCCGCUUGCAUUUAUCGUCUUGUCCUCUUGUAUUGGUACCAGUAUCGGCGGUGUGAUUGGUGGACCUAUUGCGCGCUUCCUUGACUGGCAAUGGUUCUUCUGGAUCCAGCUUAUCUUUGGAGCAGUAACCCAGGUCAUCAUCUUUUUCAUGCCCGAGAGUCGUUCCACGAUCAUCAUGGACAAGGAGGCGAAGCGCCGCCGGAAAUCAGGGGAAGACCCGAACAUCUACGGACCCAACGAGCUAAAAGUUCCUCGGAUCUCCUUCAAGGAAGCUGGCAAGAUCUGGAUGCGACCAUUCCACAUGCUGUUGCGUGAGCCCAUUGUCCUUUGCCUGUCCCUGCUGUCUGGUUUCUCCGAUGCUCUGAUCUUCACCUUCCUCGAAAGCUUUGCCAUCGUCUACGAGCAGGGAUGGGGCUUUGGUACGCUGGGGCAGGCGUGGGCGGUGAUUCCCAUCAACGCUGCCUACUUCAUCGCCUACUUCAGCUACUUUCCCUGGUUUAUGCGGGACGAGAAGCUACGUCUCCGACACGGUGAUGCGGCGAUCCCACCCGAGCGUCGCCUCAAGUGGCUGCUCUUCCUUGCACCACUGGAACCCAUCGGUUUGUUUGGCUUUGCCUGGACGACCUUCGCUGCAGGCGACUCGCGCAAUGUCCAUUGGAUCGCUUCGAUGAUCUUCUCCGCGUCUGUCGGUAUUGCCAACUACGCCAUUUACCUCUCGUCCGUUGAUUACAUGGUCGCUUCCUAUGGCGUCUACUCGGCCUCCGCGACGGGUGGUAAUGCUUUCGCUCGGGAUCUUCUCGCGGGUAUCUCAGCCAUGUACGCGACGCCCAUGUACUCCAAUAUUGGAGACGAGUGGCAUGUUCAAUACGCAAGCACUAUUCUGGCUUGUCUUUCCUGUCUCGUCGUCAUCCCCAUCUAUAUCUUCUAUUGGAAGGGACCGCAGAUUCGGGCGAACAGCAAGUUCGCUGCCACGCUUGCUGCCGACAGACUGCAGAACAACGGCCGACGUGUGAGCCAGAUCAGUGCUGAGCCCUGA